UCUGACCUGUCGCUGUAGCAUUCUGUGAGGCAAGGGGUGAAGGCGAGCAAUGUAAGAGUCAGGCUGAAGGUGUGUCGGGGUAUAAGUAUAUCACACCGAAUUGGAUUCAUUCACUAGCAAAAUACAUCCACCAUGGCAAAAUAAUAUCCCUGUUAAGACGGAAGAGACGCAAAGUCACUGUCGUGACUGCGAAGUUUUCAGUCAGGGGAAGGCAACGGUUAGCCUGGGAAGCUAGCUACUGUAGCUAACGCGUUACAUAUACUCGCGUUUGCUAGCAACUGACCUCCACAACACGGCGCAUUGGUCUAGUGAUCUAUAAGUUACCCAUUCCUUGUCGUCAGCCCCCCUUGUCUCCUAACCCAAAGUGGUGCCCUGCGUCCGGGUCCUGGGAAUAUGAGACAGAAUGAGUCAGAGAGAUACCCUCGUUCAUCUGUUUGCUGGAGGGUGUGGGGGAAUGGUAGGAGCCAUCCUGACAUGUCCCCUGGAGGUGGUGAAGACCAGACUACAGUCAUCCCACAUCACACUCUACGUGUCUGGGGUGCAGCUCAGUACCGUCAAUGGGCCCAGCGUAGCACGCAUGUCCCCUCCAGGACCCCUGCACUGCCUCAAGUUGAUUCUUGAGAAAGAAGGAGCCCGCUCUCUGUUCAGAGGACUGGGGCCUAAUCUAGUGGGUGUGGCCCCCUCCAGAGCCAUCUAUUUUGCUGCGUACUCCAGUGCCAAAGAGAGACUGAAUGGAGUGUUUCAGCCGGACUCCACCCAGGUCCACAUGGUGUCUGCUGGCUUGGCAGGGUUCACAGCCAUCACAGCUACCAACCCUAUCUGGCUCAUCAAGACUCGCAUGCAGCUGGACUCCAGGAACCGCGGGGAGAAGCCCAUGAAUGCGUUUGAGUGUUUGCGGCGGGUGUACCAGACAGAAGGCCUGCGAGGGUUCUACCGGGGAAUGUCAGCGUCCUACGCUGGAAUCUCAGAGACUGUAAUCCACUUUGUCAUCUAUGAGAGCAUCAAGCGGCGCAUCCUGGAGGCCAAGGCAGCGCAGCACAUGGACGAGGAGGAGGAGGCGUCCAAGGACGCCUCGGACUUUGUGGGGAUGAUGCUCGCCGCCGCCACCUCCAAGACCUGUGCUACGUCCAUCGCUUACCCGCAUGAAGUGAUCCGGACCCGGCUACGGGAGGAAGGCACCAAGUACCGUUCCUUCUUCCAGACUCUGACCAUGGUUCCCAAGGAAGAGGGCUACCGGGCGCUGUACCGCGGCCUCACCACCCACCUUGUGCGCCAGAUCCCUAACACCGCCAUCAUGAUGUGUACCUACGAGCUAGUGGUCUACAUGCUGAAUGGUUAACCUCUGACCCUUGACCCAAAAUGAAAUCCCAGAGAGAGAUGGGCCGACGUGGACGGAUGGCAUAAAGAGGCCCCAGAGAAAUUAAACAGGAGAGGGACCAGGGACUGUCAUCUCUCCCACCUCCAGUCCCUCCAUCCUGUCUUUCUAAAACUAAAGCAAAUUGUCCCAAAAGCACCUGUUUUUUGGGAUGGGGAGUUGGGUUGUUUUCAGGGGUGCACGACAUAGGAAGAGGGGUCGGUAGACAGGAAAUCAAUGUUUGUUUUGGGAUAUGGUUUAAAGUUGUUUAAAAAGAAGCUGUCUCAUUGAAAAUUAGUCCUUAGGAGCCCUUUCUCUCGCUCUCUCUCGUUUUCUUGCCCUCUCUUAUUGUCUCCUAAAUAAGCGCAUAGCUUACUGGAGCAGGUACAUUGGGGAGAGCACUCAAGCUAGUUUAGAGUCUAACAAUGCUAAUCAUUUCUCUGGUUUGUGUGUCAAGGGGGCAAUUGGUAGUAUAGGCUUGUUGAGUGCAGGGAGGUCUUGAGGUGGGGAUAGUGUUGGAGUGAGGUGGAUAGGGGAUGAGCCUUGCAUGACGACUUCAACUGACCUGUACAGAUGCAUAAUAAUGAUAUGUGGGGAAGCAAAGUUCAGACCAGCCCUGGUUUCUGGAUCUCAGUAGACCACAGUUGGACCGCAGGCAUUCAGAACCACACAGUGCUGGUCAGGUCCACUUUGUACUCAGGACGAAGCCUGGUCCUCUCCACCCCAUUUGGUCAACAUGCACAGGGGCUAGUCCACUCUGACAGGCCUAACCUAGGAGACUGGCUUGCCCUGACUGACAUCUUGACUAACACUAGACAUUGAUACUGGAAGAAAUAUGCAGAAGUCUUUACUGUACGGCCUGGUCAGUGUGGACAGCACUUUGGGCUCUUUCUGUGUACAUUCUGUAAAGUGAGUUGGGUGACCGUAAGAACCUCUGACCCACUCCCUCAGCACCCAGACUGACCAGAAUCAUCCGCCCUUUUUAACUACUUGAAUGUUAACCAACUCAAGGAAUAACAAACUAAAGACGAUGGGAGUAUUGUCUCGCGUCAGAAGCCAUCGCGCUAUCUGAAGUGAGACUCUGCUAUGAUAGUGAAACAACCACCAACCUUGUGAAUAUACUAAGAACAAAAAAAAUAUUAACAGAAAAUCAAUAACUUAACAAGACAAUUUUAUACACUGAACAAAAAUAUAAACGCUACAAUUUUACUGAGUUUACAGUUCGUAUAAGGAAAUCAGUCAAUUGAAAUAAAUAGAGGCCCUAAAUCUAUGGAUUCCACAUGACUGGGCAGAUGGCGCAGCCAAUCCGAAUGAGUUAUUCUCCAAAAAAGGGCAUUAUUACAGACAGAAAUACCCCUCGGUUUCAUCAGCUGUCCAGGUGGCUGGUCUCAGGCGAUCCUGCAGGUGAAGAAGCCAGAUGAGGAGGUCCUGGGCUGGUGUGGUUACACGUGGUCUAUGGAUGUGAGGGCGGUUGGAUGUACUGCCAAAUUCUCUAAAACGACGGAGGCGGCUUAUGUUAGAGAAAUGAACAUUCAAUUCUCUGAACAUCUCUAGUGGACAUUCUUGCAGUCAGUGUGCUAAUUGCACACUCCCUUAACUUGAGACAUCUGUGGCAUUAUCUUGGCAAAUUAGAAAUGCUCACUAACAGGGAUGUGAACAAAUUUGAGAGAAAUAAGCUUUUUGUGCAUAUGGAACAUUUCUGGAAUCUUUUAUUUCAGCUCAUGAAACCAACACUUUACAUGUUGCGUUUAUAUCUUUGUUCAGUAUAAUAAUGAUUAAAUGGUAUAUUAAUGUCUUCAUAAGAUGUAACAUUGUUGAAUUCUUCUGCCCAGUCAUGGGAACAUAAACUAUAUGUUUUGGGGGAAAUUCAGGGUGAACCUCUGAACCCCCAAGGUUUCCUCUCCCCCUUAGACAAAUGUGUGAUUCUUUAUGCACUUUUCUGUACACCUGCUCUGACCUACAAUUGCAUCUCUUAUUUCUCUGCCUCAGCAUCCAAGCAAGUGUUACAGCUGAGACAAUCCUCUGUCCAGUGUUCACUUUGGAGGUGUGUUGUUGUACAGUCUGUGUGUGAGAAUAGAUGGGAUACUGGAGUGUACGUGAUGCUACACGAUACGGAGGCCCUAUGUUUCUAUCUCUAUACUUUAUGCAGUAUAUGUGUAGUUAGAAGAAGAAAGACUGCGUUUCAAACCCGAUUUUCUAAAAUGUUUCAUUUUGAAACGUCUUUUUCUGGUUUGUUUUGUUUGAUUUCAAAUCGGACUGUUUUUCGAUGGAAAACAAAAAGAUGCUCUCUACCUACUUCGCCUCCAUUUUAUUGUUUUGCUGUUUUUCCUGUUUAUUUUGUUUGAGUUCUGUUUCAAAAUGACAAUGUUCAUCUCCUUGUCUACCUGUUGUUUACAUUCAGCUGUGUGUAACCAUAGACGCCCUCACCUACUGACCUUUCCCCGCUCACAUGCUACGAGCACAAAGAGCCUUUCCAGCACAUGUAAGCUUCACUGCAGCCAUUCACUCAAAUAUCCACAGGUCACACUAAUGCUAGAAAUAAGAAUUAGGUUUAUAACAGGUCCUUAACAGAAAAUGACUGUAUUGCUACUCAAUAUUCACUCUGGAACCCAGAAAAUUAAGACGGUAGUGACUGGAGCUGUAUUACUAUCUAGAUAAAAGAAAACCAGCUACAGUUUGAGAUGUGUGCAUUGUUCAAAUGCACCUCUUCACUCUCCAUGCCAACAGAUCUGGGUGACAUGGCUGAGACAAUCAUGAAGGCUGUAGAAGCAACUAACAACCUCACUAAAACAACUAAGGCUGUAUGUAGUAAGCACAUUCUAAAGAGGGUCAACGGUGAAGUCCGCUUGUGUUCCGCAAACAAAACAACCUGUACCUCUGAGUGACUACACCAAGGGUUUCAGAGCUCCCUCCUCAGGGACCACUGGACGUUUCACAUACUUGUUGUAGCCCUAAACUGGCACACCUGAUUCAAUUAGUCAACUAUCACCAAUUGAGUUGUGCCAAUUUGGGGCGCCAACAAAUAUGUGAACCAUCUGGUGGUCCCUGAGGAGAGGUUUGGGAAGUAUUACUCUACACCAGGGAUGGGCAACUGAUGGGGGUGGGGGCCACUAAAUCUGAACUCAUCAUGAGGGGCCACAUUUGCUCACAGGUCUGUGUACCUACAUCCCAAAAAAUAUUAAAACACUUAUUGCACACAGUGAGUUCAUGCAAUUUGUGACUUUUUAAGCAAAAUUGGAUUAAUGCAGGGUAGUAACAUAAUGAGUUGGGAUUAUGGUUCUUUGUUUACCUAGCUAGCUACAUGUCUUAACAAAAGACUCCACUAUGCAAGUAACCAUUUCGGGUGCGUUCGUAAAUUCAGUAUGGCCAUCUACUCUGAUUUCAGAGCACUAAUCUGAAUUGUGCCAGAGAAUAACUGAUGCAUGAACGAACGCUCAACACCCGUUGAAUAUGGUUUGUGUCUGUAAACGUCUGCAAAAAAAGCAUAAUGAAAUUGUUGCCAGCAGCACAGUCAGUCACCAAUGCUCUGGAUAACAUGAAAAGUCUAACCAGCUCUGCUAGGGCGAGUAAAAUGGUCAGAGGGGGGUGUUCUCAUGUUUGUCUAGAAGUAGCUAGCAAACUUUAGCUUGGGUGCUUGACUGCCGUUGAAUGUUCGGAUCAACCCUACUCCUCGGGCCGGGGCGUCCAGUGUACGCUCCGAGUGCAAAAUGCUCUGAAUUUAUGAAUAUGAAUACAGUAUCUGGCAGCACAGUUGUAGUCACUAACGCUCUGGAUAACAUAACAGCCCAACCACCUCUGCUAGGGUGAGUAAUGUUCAGUGAGCUGUUCUCUCAUUUGUGUGGAAGUAGCUGGCAAGUCUGCUUGGGUGCUUGACUGCUGUUAGUACAGAAUGCUCAGAUCAACCCUUAAAGAUUUAGCUCCACCCAUCUUUAAGAGGGUGUGAACGAUGCUGAAUGGGUGUAGACAGACAAAGGGCUCUUCACUAGAUACGAAAACAUUCAAAGGCCAUUUUCUCAAAAGUGAGUAAACAAGUUUAUCAACUUCCAAAGCAAAAUUACUUCCCCAUUGUUCCUCAACUGUAGUGUAUGAUAUAUCAUUUUGUAGCUCUGAGUCUCUACUUUUAUCCAAUGUAAAAAAAAAACAUGAUUUCAAAUUUUGCUACAUAAGACCGAUUUGAGCCAGUCGGUCACAAAUGUUCACUCCUAGACUUGCCAUAACAAAGGGGUUGAAUAGUAUUGACUUAAGACAUUUCAGCUUUUAAUUUUGUAUUAAUUUGUAAGCAUUUCUAAAAACAUAAUUCCGCUUUCACAUUGAGGUAUUGUGUUUAGGCCAGUGUCACAUCUCAAUUAAAUCCAUUUUAAAUGGGGCUGUGAAACGGGACGGAAUACUUUCUGAAGGCGCUGUAACUUCCUGCAAUUCUACACAUUUUGACAGAGUUGUGAGAAAUGUUUGGAGUUUAUAAUACAUCUGAGGAAGACUGACCAACAAAUUCUCUGGGGGCCACCCAGCCAGUAAUUCUACCAUAAUUACUAAGUAUAGCUGGCCGCUAGACUAAUUUACCAAUCUAAUCAUUUUUUUUGCUGACAUCAGUGGUGGAAAAAGUACCCAAUUGCCAUACUGAGUAAAGAUACCUUAAUAGAAAAUGACUCAAGUAAAAUACUACUAGAGUAAAAGUCAAAGUAUUUGGUUUUAAACAUACUUUAGUAUCAAAAGUAAAAUAAAUAUUUUCACAUUCCUUAUAUUAAGCAACCUAGACAGCACACUUUUUUAUUCAUGGAUUUUAUUUAAUUAUUAUUUAACUAGGAAAGUCAGUUAAACAAAUUCUUAUUUAGAAUGACAGCCUACCCCGGCCAAACCGGACAACGCUGGGCCAAUUGUGCGCUGCCCAAUGGGACUCCCAAUCACGGCCGGAUGUGAUACAGCCUGGAUAGCCAGGGGCACACUCCAACACUGACAUUUAGUGAGUCUCAGAUCAGAGGCAGUUGGGAUAUUCUCUUUAUAACUGUUUGAAUUAGACCAUUUCUGUACUAUGUAUUGAACAUGUAACAAGUACUUUUAGGAGUCAGGGAAAAUGGAGUAAAAAGUAAAUUCUUCUUUAGGAAUGUAGUGGGGGUAAAAGUUUGGGAAAAUAGAAAUAGUACAGAUAGUCAAAGUACUUUACCCCACUGUCUGACAUGGCCGAACUGAGUGACUGUCAGUGACUGACAUGAGAAAAACUGCUGAUGCACAACAUUUUGAAAUUGUACAAAUUCAAACUGUCAACAGUAAGUUGAGACCCAGAGUGAGUUUCCACAAUAUAUUUAUAUUCUGGGAGCUCAAAGUAUUGGGACAGUGAAAAUUUGUUGUUUUGGCGCUGUACUUUGAAAUUAUGCAAUGGUUGUGAGGUUAAAGUGCAGACUGUCGGCUUUAAUUUGAGGAUAUUUUCAUCCAUAAUCGGUUGAACAGUUUAGAAAUUACAGCACUUUGUACAUAGUCCUUCCAUUUUAGGGGACCAAAAGUAUUGGGACCAAUUCACUUGUGUAUUAAAGUAGUAAACAUUUUAGUAUUUGGUAAUAUAUUCAUAGCAUGCAAUGACAUCAAGCUUGUGACUAUAAUUGGUUGGAUGCAUGCUGUUUGUUUUUGGUUGUUUCAGAUUAUAUAUUCAUUUCUAUUGGGCACAAAUUAAUGUAUUGCCAUUUAAGUCACUUAUCACAAAUAAUAGAAUAUAUUUCUAAACACUUCAGGAUAAUCCUGAAUAAAUUGUGAAUAAUGAGCAAGAAAGUUAAGCACAAAUAUCACCCCCCCCAAAAAAAAAAAAAAAUUUGCUAAACUCCCCUUUUAUUGUAAUGGUGAGUGGUUAGCGUUUCUUGUGGGUAUGAUAUUUGUGCAUCCAACUCUAUCAUCAUUUUUCACGACUCAUUUAGGAUACACAUAUGAAUUUGUCCCAAUACUUUGUUCCCCAUUUUUAUGGGACCAUGUACAAAAAGUGGUGUUUAGAGUUUAACUGUUCAUCCGAUAUGCAUGAAAAUACUCUUAAAGCUGACAGCCUGCACUUUAACCUCAGUAACUGCAUCAUUUCAAAUCCAAAGUGCUGGAAUACAGAGCCAAAACAACAUGUCACUGUCCCAAUACUUUGGGCGUUCUCUGUAUAAUAUAUUUGUAUUGAUCCCUGCUCUACACGUACAUACUUCUACUCUGGGUGUAUCGCUGUGUGUUUAUAUCUAGAGACAUUUGGUACAGUUCCUUCACAUGGGUCUGUUCUCACUUUGUCCUUGAUUUUCUGAAUUAUUUCCGUUCCAUAUGAUUAUCAUCAUGCCCUUCUGUUUUGUAGGUGUGAGAGAGACCCUGUAGGGGUGGGUGUGUCCUUUAGAAGUAUGAAUCCAGUCUAUUAAUUACUAACAGUGUGUUCUUUUUCCAUUUAUUUCCUCUAAUUUGUAUUUUUUCAUGUUUCUGACGAGCCUCCUAGAAGUGUGGCUGACUAUGCAUUCUCUUCACCCCUAGUUUGUAAAACAAAUCUAUUAAAAAAUGUGGUUGGAG